AUGUCUGAGGAAAAGAUUUCCAGCAUCAAUAUUGAUUCAGAGUUAGAUUCUUCCAGCGAAGAAGUCAGAAUUACUGAAAAGUAUGCUGAUCCUUCAUUGCAGUUCCUUGAAGAUCAUGAUGAAGAGUUCAAAGAUGUGAAAUUCACCGCUGUUGAUGAAAAAGAGUUAAAUAAACGUCUUUACUUAUGGCUUUUCCCAUUAAUCUUUGUGAUUAAUGCGGUUCUUUUCAUUGAUAAGACUACCUUGGCUUACUCUACGAUUUUAGGUCUCUUUGAAUCUACACAUAUUAAUGCUGCCCAAUAUGAUGAUUUGAAUUCUAUUUUCUACACUGGCUAUACAGUUGGUCAACUAUUGAAUUUCGUCUUGCAAAAAUCCAAUAUGAGCAAAUACAUGACGUACAUAAUUUUUUCUUGGUCUGUUGUUAUUUUCUGUCAUUGUGGUGCAUAUAACUUCGGAGGUCUUGUCAUUCUUAGAUUUGUCCUUGGUUUAAUUGAAAGUACCGUUGUCCCAGCUUUGGAGGUUACUAUGUUACAAUUUUUCACUCCUAAACAAAGAGCUACUUUACAACCUGUUUUUUGGAUUUCCUGUGUUGGCGCUUCAGUAAUUAUUUCAGGCUUUAUCGCUUAUGGUGUCCUUUGGGCUAAAAAUUCUAUUCCACCAUGGCAAAUCUUUAUGAUCAUUACUGGAGGUUCUACUUUCUUUGUCGCAAUUUGGGUUGCCUUAUUCUACCCAUCUGACCCAGUUGGAGCUAAAUUCUUGACUGAAAAACAGAAAUAUUUCCUAAUCAAGAAAAUUCAAGGUGAAUCUAGGGCUUCCAUUGUGCAACAUGUUGUCAAGAAGGAACAAAUAAUUGAAUGUAUCAAGGAUCCAAUAUCAUGGUUGUUCACCCUUUUCAUUUUCCUACUCAUGUUGUCUAACAACUUGUACUACCAACAAAACUUGUUAUAUGUUAGUCUUGGUGUCAGUGACUUAGGUUCUACUUUAGUUUCUGUUGCUGGUGGUGGAUUUUCUUCUAUUUUUCACCUUGCCGCCGCUGCAUUUAUCUACUUUAGACCAAACAGUACCGCUCUCAUUUCUACUUUAGCUUGUCUUCCAUCCAUCGCUGGUGGGAUUGUUAUGAUUACUCUCCCAUGGCAUAACAAAUUAGGCCUUUUAUCCUGUCUUCUCUUAGCUUCUAAUACUUAUGGUGUUACAUUUAUUGUGGGUCUUGGCUGGGCCACAUCUUCUUGUUCCGGUAACACCAAAAGAUUCUUUCGUCAUUUUAUGUUUAUGGCCUCUUAUGGUAUUGCUAAUAUUAUAUCUCCUCAAUUAUGGAAAGGUAAUCAAGGCCAUGACAAAACAGGUGUGGAUCGUUACUAUGCUGCUUGGAUCGUCCAAAUUGUUUUGGCUUGGGUUGGGGCUCCAGCGAUCGCUUGGAUUAUUCACUUCAUCUUGUCGGGCAGAAACAAUAAGAGAUUGGCUGCCAUUGAGGCUGAGGGCAAAAACGUUCUUGGUAGUGUCGUCAAGACCGAUGAUAAUGGUAACGAAGUAAUCAACAAAGUUGAUGUUGCUAACUUAGACCUUACUGAUCUCGAAAACAAACGCUUCAUUUAUCCUUUAUAA